AUGGUCAACCAGAACAGUCACAGCGAGAACAAGGAGGCAGCAGUUGAGGCACUGCUCAAAGGCUCCGAGAAGUUUCAUGGAAUCGACAUCAACUCGAAAGACUACAUGGGCCGUUCGGUACUGAUGAACGCGGUCAACAACGUCGACAUCGAAAUGGUCCGACACCUCUUCAAAGUCGAUGAAGAAAACGAUAAUGUCGGGCCCCUUCGAAUUGACGAUACAGAUCACUGGGGCGGAACUGCGCUUCAUCUUAUCGUCCGCGCUCCUUUCAAGCUUGCUGGAGAAUACGGCGCCGACGUCAACGUUGUUAGCCCAGAUUCAUUUUCAAACGGCCUCCCGAAUCGCAAAGCGGGAUACUCGGCUCUGGACAUUGCUGUGGAGCAAAAGGCCUAUCUGACUUCCUUGGAGCGAGAUGUUUAUUACUACGACAUGGUGAUCCAAUUCCUCUGCAAUAAUGGAGGGCAACAGUUUAAGACUGAAAAUGUUUGCUGA